CGGAAGUCAUUGGGUUUGUUAGCUAUUGAGUCCUGCCUGCAGCCUUGAUACAAAGUAACACUGGAAGAUCUGCACUGCUACCAACCGGACUGCACAGUGACCGACCCACAGACAUGGUGGGCAAGUGGCUACCAUAUCCAGGAGCCCAGCUCCUGCUUUUCCUGCUCAGCUUGUGUAUGGUAUGGGCAAGCCAAACGACCUCCUCUCCACCAGUAUCACAACCCUGCAGUUUCUAUUCUGGAAAGUCAUGUGAGGAAUGCCUAAGAAAUGUUUCCUGUCUUUGGUGUAUGACAAACUACACUUGUUUGGAGUAUCCUGUACAUUCCAUUUUGCCUCCUUCUUCUGUUUGUGCCAUGUCGUCUGCUAGAUGGGGAGCAUGCUGGAUAAACUUUGAAGCACUGAUCAUCGCAAUGGGCGUGGUGGCGGGAGCAAUCGUACUGACCAUAACCAUUUGCUGCUGCUACUGCUGUUACUGCAAGAAAAGUUCAUAUUCAAGUCGGAUGGAUGCUGAAGAAGAAAAUCUUAUCCGAGAACGUGAAAGAAGGCAGCAAGAGGCCGUUCAGAGAAAGAAUGAAAGGACUGUAAAACAUAAUGAGAUCCGUAAGAAAUAUGGCCUCCUCCAGGAUACGGAUCAUCCUUACAGCAAAUAUGAAAAUGAAUAAAUAGAAUGUUAUCUACUCUGCCUCAAUGUGCACUAAAGCAUGAGCACGCAUAUAUACAUAUGUUUUCACACCACAUUUUGGAUGUUAUGAGACAUUUUCAUUCAUUGUUUUGUUGGAGAGGUUGUUUUGUGAUUUUUUUUUUUCUAUUUGUAUUUUUUUUUUUUUUUUUUUUACCCUCGGUUUCAUUUUAAACAUUUCUCAUAUACCAUAAU